UUAUUUCCAACCCCACACAACAUAUUCGGUUGAUAAUACGAGCGACUAUACAAUAGGUCUUCCCCCCACUCCGUCCGAGAAAAGGGAGAAAAGAGAGACGAAGACUAUACAGAGGCAAUAUUCAUUCAUUCAUCACUCUGUGUGUGUAUUUUCUCUGCGUUCUUUUUCUUCUUUAAUCUACUACUACUACUACUUCUCUGUACGUUCUGCCGGUGGAGGUGGGUGGGUUCAACUCGGUGGAGCUGCGCUUGGUGGAGUUUGUGUACAGCUUCAGAAUCGAUCGGUUGUUAGGAGUUGGAACAGUAAGUUUUGCAAAGUCAAGCUCCUCUUUGAUAAAGGAUGGAGAGUGAAGUUUGACUAUGCCAGUCUUCAUGCAGUAUAAAUAAGCUAGACUUGAAGCUUUUGUACUGCAGUACAUUUAUCAGAGAAAAUGUUGGAGGCUCCAAAGUUCGCAGGACUUAUCGACUUAAAUGAGAACCAUGAUAAUUAUGGCAUCACUCAAAGUUUUUACCAUAAGCUUGGUGAGGGCUCAAACAUGUCAAUCGACAGUUAUGGGAGCUUGCAAAUGAGCAUUGGUGGAGGUUCGGUUGCGAUGUCAACGGAUAACAGCAGUGUUGGAUCAAAUGGUUCCCACACACGUAUUUUAAACCACCAGGGCCUCAAGCGCGUCCGCAAUAACUAUACCGCGGCAGCUAGUGUAAAUAGGGGGAGAGUUUCUCAAGGGUUGAGUGAUGAUGCCCUAGCUCAAGCUUUGAUGGAUCCUCGAUUUCCUACUGACGGGCUUGAGAAUUAUGAUGAGUGGACAAUUGAUUUGAGGAAGCUAAACAUGGGUCCUGCUUUUGCUCAGGGAGCUUUUGGGAAACUCUACAAGGGAACAUACAAUGGUGAGGAUGUUGCUAUCAAGCUUCUAGAGCGGCCAGAAAAUGAUCUUGAGAGAGCUCAGUUGAUGGAGCAGGCAUUUCAGCAGGAAGUCAUGAUGUUGGCAAGGUUGAAGCAUCCAAACAUAGUGCGUUUUAUUGGUGGAUGCCGUAAACCUAUGGUCUGGUGUAUUGUGACUGAAUAUGCAAAAGGGGGAUCUGUGCGUCAGUUUCUGGCCAGGAGACAAAAUCGAUCAGUGCCCUUGAAGUUAGCGGUGAAGCAGGCAUUAGACGUGGCAAGGGGGAUGGAAUAUGUACAUGGCCUGAAUCUGAUACAUCGUGACCUGAAAUCUGACAAUCUACNUGAUUGUUGGAUGCUUGAAAAUGCUGUGAAGGCACACGAGAAUUUUGGGAUGCUAGUGCUCGCCCUAGGGAGUGACCUGGUGGUUGGACAGAUGGCCGGAUGUUGUUCGGCGAAUAAUACUGGGGUGGCUUAUGUGGAGUUUGGGGAUGUUCACGGGGUCGGUAUUGAGGCUGAAAGCGUUUAG